GUAAACCGCGUAAGCCCGCACAACGUGGGAGAUCGCUGCCUGGCGUGUGUGACAACCCUACUAUUAGCGCACGGAUCGACGUUUGGGGUAAAAAAACGACACUGUGGCCCAGCUCCCUUAUGACAGCAUGUAAAGGCAUGGUGUGCUGAUUAGUUUUCAGAGACUGGUAAGGCUUGGUCAACUGCCAUAUACUAGACAACGAUGGAACAAAGGACUAUCGUGACUCUGCGCCUUUCUGCCCUCCUUCUGCUUUGCUAUCUACAUCAUACUUCUGGCAAGCCUUGGAACACCACCUGUCCCCUCCCCUCCUGCACAUGUGAACUGCGGGAAAGGCUCACCGACUCCUCUCACUACGUCGAUGCUAAGACUGUGGACUGCAGCAACCAGAAGCUCACGGCCAUCCCACCAGGCUUGCCUCUGGACACUGAGGUCCUCCUGCUGCAGGUCAACAACAUAGCCACCCUGGGGGACAGCCUCAGCCCCCUGGUGAACCUGACAGAACUGGAUCUGUCUCAGAACGACAUCUCCGACAUCGACCAGAACUGGUUCAUCGGCCUGAAGCAGCUGGCAAAUCUGCAGCUCCAACAGAACUGGAUCUCCGGCAUCAAGAGUCAGGACUUCCUCCCGCUGAGCAACCUGAGGGAACUGCACCUGGACUACAACCAGAUCACGUCGCUGGACGACCUGGCCUUCAUGGGUCUCCAGGCACUGCAGCAGCUCAACCUCAAUGGCAACAACCUGACAUCCGUGGGCAGGGGGUGGCUGGAGGAGGUCCCAAGGCUGAAGAUCCUCCACGUAGGCGACAACCCGAUCACGAUGCUGGAGGACGGCAACUUCCAGCCGCUCUACAACCUGGAGCACCUGAUCCUGUCAGGUGCAGGGAUGGUGGACCUGUCAGCUGGGGUGUUCCAUGGGCUACAGAACCUGCGCAGUCUUCACUUACAGAACAACAGAUUCAUGAAGAUCCCAUCGGCAGCACUAGAAAAAGUAUCAAGCCUACAGUUCCUAGAACUGGACUACAACCCUAUCAUUAAGAUCACCUCCCACCAGAUCAUCAAGCUGCCCCAACUGGUCCAGCUACAGCUCAACCACAUGCCCAAGCUCACCAUUGUCGACAACGGAGCCUUCCAAAAUCUGGCCAACCUCCGGCGCUUAGAGCUCUCCCACAACCCCAUGUUAGCAUACCUACAUCAGGACUCCUUCAGAGAGCUCCCCAACCUGGAAAUCCUCCUACUGAACAACAAUGCUCUAACGGCGCUGUAUGAAGACAUCGUGCACAGCCUACCUAACCUGAAACAGGUCAGGUUAGAGGGCAAUCCCCUCCGCUGUGACUGCCUCAUGCGCUGGGUGGGCAUCAAUGUCACCGACAUCAGCUACCUGGACAGAAAAGCCCUGAUCUGUAACUCCCCACCAGAGUACCACGGCAUGGACUUGGGAAGCCUGAUCCCAGAUCUGAUGAUGAGAAGAUGCAUGCCAAUCAUCCAGCCCACCUUCCCUUCAUACCUCACUGUGAAGGAGAAUGCACACCUGACCCUGGACUGUAGGGCCAUGGGGGAACCCCAGCCUAACAUCUACUGGGUCCUCCCUAAUGGAGACCGCUUCACAAGCAGAAACACCUCGCCAAGAAUCAAGCUCACACAGGAGGGAACACUGGAGAUGUCAAAAGUUCAGGUUCAUGACACAGGCCACUACACGUGUGUAGCGAUCGAUGACGGCUAUGGGGACAGUCGUACCAUGCUGUUGAACGUUAGCGCCAGCGCCCACCACCUGUUCCACCUGGCAGCCUCCAACAUCACCACCCACUCCAUCCACCUCAGCUGGCAGACGCCCUACGUGCAGCGUGUGCAGGCCUACCUGCUGCAGUACACCGCCAUGAUGAUGGUAGGGGGCGUACAUGUCACGUACCGCGCCCUCAUCCCGCCCGAGGUGCAGCACUACAACCUCACCAACCUGGUUCCCUCCACCAACUACAAGGUGUGUCUCACAGUGGCAGACUUCCACACGCACCACCAAGGCGCCUGCAUCACAGCCAUGACCAAAGAGGCCGCAUCGCCGCCAACCCAGGUGGGCCUCAUCAUCGCCAUGGUGAUGGGUGGCAUGGUAACGGUGGGGAUGCUGCUAGCGCUGGUGUCGUAUGGAAUGAGGAAGUACCGCGUGCGACACUACCACCGGGCAGAGAUGCACCACUACAUCCACGACAUCACCUCCAUACCCCUGACAGACCUCUACAGCCCCAUAACCACAUCCUUAUGGGGGAGGGACAACAGCGUAGACGCAUGAUACCGGGGGGAAGAGAGAACAUGUAUAUUACAGCUUAUUCUUUCGAAAAAGUAUAUGCCUAUAGAGAAUUUUCUACAAAGAGGAUCUGUGUGGAAAGACAAAGAAUGGUUUGGAUAUCUGGCUGAAAAUGAAAAUUAUAGUCUAAGAAUAUUGUCGCCAGAUCUUGGAAAUAAAGGUAUCAAACAUCCACUCAAAACAUGGGCUUCUGAGUUCAACAUUGUUGAUCAACAAAACUCUGUCAACAGCUACCUUUGAUUCCUUCUAAACCAUUUCAAACCCCUAACAAAGAUUCAAGGUCUGCUAAACUAUAUUGUACCUUCAAG